GCCUUUAUAACUGUUCUCAUGUCUGCCCCUGUGUUCAGCUCCAGUACAUACCAGUCAGUCGGCCGGACUGUGGGUGUCAGAUACACGCAGGGAAACUGGGAAGGUGAACUGGGCAUCGACCGCGUCUCUAUCCCCAACGGCCCCAACGGGACCUUCAUCAUCAACAUCGCUGCCAUCCUGUCCUCCGAAGGCUUCUUCCUCCCCGGGAUCAACUGGCAGGGCAUCCUGGGUCUGGCUUACCCCAUGCUGGCACGGCCUGACUCGUCCGUGGAGCCUUUCUUCGACUCCUUGGUGCAGCAGCUGGGAAUCCCAGACAUCUUCUCCCUCCAGAUGUGCGGUGCUGGGCUGUCAGCCAGCAGCACAGCGGACCCCAUAGGAGGCAGUCUUAUCAUAGGCGGGGCUGAGCCGGCUCUGUAUCAGGGGUCCGUGUGGUACACCCCCAUCGUAGAGGAGUGGUACUAUCAGGUGGAGGUUUUGAAGCUGGAGGUGGGCGACCAGAAUCUGGACCUGGACUGCAGAGAGUACAACACGGACAAAGCUAUAGUCGACAGCGGGACGACACUGCUCCGUCUUCCUGUCAACGUCUUCAACGCGGUGGUAGACGCCAUCACACGCACCUCUCUGAUCCAGGACUUUUCAUCAGGGUUCUGGGAUGGCAGAAAGUAUGCGUGCUGGUUGAAGGGAGAGACGCCCUGGAGGUUUUUCCCCAAACUAUCCAUCUACCUGAGGGCCACGAACACCAGCCAGUCCUUCCGCAUCACCAUCCUGCCUCAGCUGUACAUCCAGCCAAUCACAGACGUGGACGGCACGUUGGACUGCUUUCGUUUCGGACUGUCGUCGUCAGCCAAUGGCCUGGUGAUCGGUGCCACCGUUAUGGAGGGCUUCUACGUGGUGUUUGACCGAGCCCAGCGGAGAGUGGGCUUCGCUCUCAGUAACUGUGCAGUGAGCGGGGGGGUGGCCCUCUCAGAGAUCGCGGGGCCCUUCUCAGCAGCAGACGUGGCGUCUAACUGCUCCGUGGGGCCUCAGAAGGAGCCCCUCCUCUGGAUGAUCUCCUACGCCCUGAUGGCGGUGUGCGCGGUGAUCCUGGUGGUGCUGCUGCUGCUGCUGGUGCUGCCCUGCCGCUGCAGAGCGCGCUCCGGGGAGAUCACCGACGAGUCCUCGCUGGUCCGACACCGCAUCAAGUGACUGAGAGGGAACGGGCCGAGGAGCAGCGAGCAACACACACAAUCCACGGAGGCGGAGAAAGUUGUGACGCUCGCCGCCGAAAGCCUGACUGACACUAAACUGCACUCUUCAGUUUUACCCCAUGGAGGUACACACAGACAGAUAAACUGACCCCUGAUGGGAAAAUCCAUCACAAAAACAUUGUCUUAAAAACAUUGCCUAAAAACAGCUGUUGUGGUCUUCAUGGUUCAAAUGUUUUCUUUGAUGGUGCCUCUUUCUUGUUCUCACAACACGUCAUAUGUGACAAAGAAAAUAUGCAAUUUCCACAGCGACUGCAGCUUUAAAAGUUCAUAACGUUUGUAGCUACAGGACAGUUUUUACUGAUGGGUAUGAGUUGCUUUUUCUCACCUGGAAACUCUUGUUUGCUCUCAGUAUUGCAACUACACGGACUCAAUUUGAGUGCAGUUUGAAAGAGCACUAAAAUCAAAUUCAUGCUUUUUUUUCUUGAGACCUCUCAAAAGGUAUUCUGGGAAAUGUAGGACAUCUUCCUCACAGACAAUCACAAGAUGCUUACCAACAAUUGAUGCAUUUUGAACAAUUUUAUAACUACUGAUUUUGUCUCUCUAGGCAAACAGUGUUUUGUUCAUGUCUAAAUGCAACAAUGUGCCUUCUCAGUCUGAUUUACUACAGUGUGUGAUCAAUGAAGGAAUGCUUCUGGUGCCUUCUUA